AAAACUCGAUCGUUAUUCACCACCAACACCAUGUCGCUGCGCACCUUUCUUCAUCGCAAUGCCACCUUUAUGGCCUCGGGGUUCGCUCGCCGCACAUGUUCGCAAGCCAUCAAGCCGUCUCGUUUUCGAUAUCCCUCCUCAUCGAUCAUGGGACGACGAUGCUUUGCCAGUUCAUCAGAAGAAUCCGCUCGUCAACAAGCAACCAUAGGAGUAAGCUCAUAAAUGGAUAUAUUUUGUAGCUAUAAAAAAACAAAACGUUUAACUUGUUUACGCACGUCCACAGCCUUUCACAUGGAAAGCGGCAGCCAUGUUUCUCGGUACGGGUACCGGUUUAUUGUGGUAUUUCCAAAGUGAAAAAGCGCGUGUCCAGGAAGAACGUGAAAAAGAACAGAAUAAACCUAAAGCGUAUGGUAAACCCAAAUUGGGCGGUCCAUUUUCAUUGACCAACGCCGAGACGGGAGGCAAACUUGGCACAGAUGAUUUGAACGGACGAUUCUACAUGAUUUAUUUUGGUUUCACGCAUUGUCCGGAUAUCUGUCCUGAGGAGCUGGACAAGAUGGCGGAAGUCGUGGAUGCGGUCAAAGCCGACAAGGACAUGGGCGAAGGUGUACUGAUUCCUGUGUUUAUUACUUGCGAUCCUCGUCGCGAUACUCCCGAAAUUGUCAAGGAAUACGUCAAAGAUUUCCAUGACGAUCUGAUCGGUUUAACCGGCAACGAAGAAGAAAUCCGUCGUGUGGCCAAAUUGUUCCGCGUCUACGUCUCAUCGCCACCUAAUCUGGAAGAAGGUCAAGAAGACUAUCUGGUCGAUCACUCCAUUUUCUUCUAUUUGAUGAGCCCCGACGGCACUUUCCUCGAUUGCUAUUCACAAAAUGCCACCUCCGAAGACGUUACCGAAAGCUUCAAAAAUUACUACCAAGAAUACAAAGCCAAAGGCGGGCAAUUAGACAAGAAACCCGCCUCUUUAUUACAAAAGAAGGCAUAAAUAAAAAAUCCAAAAAAAAGCA